GAUACCUUGUGCAAGCCACACGGCCUUCGUACGAAGGUGCAACAAGCUCAGCUACAGCCUACAGCCACAGAGCUAGCAGCUAGCAAUGGCGUCCAGAACAGCAGCGGCGACCGUGGUGGUCCUGGCCUUGGUCUGUGCCGUGCAGUCGUCACUCUCCGUGGCGGCGGCCACCGGGGGUCUGUCCCCUGACUUCCACGCGGCGACAUGCCCGGCGCUGGAGCACAUCGUGGCGGACCACGUGUGGAAGGCCUUCAAGAACGACUCCGGCGUGGCGCCGGCCCUCAUCCGCAUCCUCUUCCAUGACUGCUUCCCGCAGGGCUGCGACGCGUCAGUGCUCAUCGAGGGCCCCGGCACCGAGCAGGAUGAGAUCCCCAACAGGACGCUCCGCAGAGUGGCGCUGGACCUCAUUGAGCGCAUCCGGGCCACCGUGCACACCGAAUGCAAGGCCACGGUGUCCUGCGCCGACAUCACCAUCCUCGCCACCCGCGCCUCCCUCAUCAUGGCCGGCGGGCCCCGCUUUGACGUCACCCUCGGCCGCCGUGACUCCUUCUUCCCGGCGUCCAAGGACCAGGUCGGCCUGCUGCCGGCGCCCUUCCACCCCGUGGACACCCUCAUCAAGUCCUUCGGCGACCGCGGCCUCAAUGUGGAGGACCUGGUGUCUCUCUCCGGCGCGCACACCUUCGGCGUCGCCCACUGCCCGGCCUUCCAUGACCGGUUCAAGGAUGGCUUCGACACGAACCCGGCCAUCGACCGCAGGUUCGCCACGAUGCUGCGGAACAAGUGCGCCAAGGACACCCCCGAAGGCACCCUGAAGCAAAAUCUCGACGUGCGCACGCCCGACGUUUUCGACAACAAGUACUACUUCGACCUGAUCGCGAGGCAGGGGCUGUUCAAGUCCGACCAGGGGCUGAUGAACCACACGGCCACCCAGCGCAUGGCCACCCGUUUCUCCCUCAACCAGGACGCCUUUUUCCAGCAGUUCUCCAAGUCCAUGGCCAAGAUGGUCAACAUGGACCUGCUCACGGGCGACAAGGGCGAGAUCCGGGCCAGAUGCGCCGUCCGCGGCACUCCUCCCCGCAUCGAGUCCGCCGUCACCAACGACGACGAGGGGAUCGCCGCCGACAUGUAAGAGAUGUUCGAUGUAAUUUAGAGUUCAUGGGCGAACUGUGUGACGCACGCACGCAACGUGGUCAAGUAGAUGUGUUUCUUUGAGUGUGCUGUGCUGUGCUAUCUAGUCAAUAAGAUGAGUGGUCAAUCCGUAUGCUUCCUAGCGUAGGAUCGGUCGAGGUAGGUUCUUUUUUGGACACCGGUUUAAGAUCUUCAGCAACAUCAUAAUGUCUUUUUAGAUUUCCAA